UAUGGACCAAACGGGCGAACAAUUGCAUCCCAAUUGGCGGGCCUUAGCUACACUUCAUAUUCCGUUGAAAAGAUUCAUCAAAGAAGGAACCCAGCAGACGCAACAAGGUACCCAUACUACGGCCAGUGAAAAAUAUGAAAUUCAAGGAGUUGAUGGAAAGGAAAUUAAGGAAUUCUAUGAGGAACUGGUUAGCAAAGAAACCAAAGAGAAGAAGGAAGAAGUUCACAAUGAAAACAAAUCAAAGAAACUUGAAAGGAAAUCAUCCAAACCUUUGAUGAAACGAACACCCUUUGAGGUGGGGAAAUAUCAGCGCUAUGCCAUGUCAAAUAAUGUGGAAGAGUUACAAAAGCUGGACUAUAGAGAUCAAAAUGUAAAUGUUUGUGAUGGCUAUGGCUGGACAGCCUUAAUGAUGGCUGCUUGUGAGGGCCAUGAGGAAGCUGUACGAUUUUUACUGCAAUUGGGAGUUGAUAAAAAUAUAAAAGACAAAUCCGGUAAAACAGCCAUGGAUUUAGCCAAAAGGAAAGGCCAUAUUCAUAUACAACAAUUACUAGAAACCCCUUUGGAAGAGAACUCUUCAAGUAGUGACGAUGAUGCAAUGGAAACCAUUGAACCUUUCUAUUGUGAAAUAUGUAAAAGAACCUUCUCGGAGACAACAAGACGUGAACAUGAAACCUCAACAAUUCAUCAAUUUAAUGCCCAAACACCGGCCAGUAGUAAUAAAUUACAAAAAUUCAAUAUACCACCACGCAACAAAGGCCUCCAGUUGAUGGUCAAGCAGGGUUGGGAUAAAGAAAGUGGUUUAGGGCCCUCGCAAACGGGGCGUUUAUAUCCCGUUAAAACGGUGAUACGUAAACAGCGUAGUGGUCUGGGCACGGAACAGGAACCAGCCAAAGUUAGUCAUUUCCAGGCAUUCGAUAGGGCGGCUAUAAAACGUCACAAUUCCGAUUAUUAUAAAAAGAAACCACGAAAUCGUAAUGAUAUACGAAGGGAAAAGGUGCGCGAAUGGAAACGUGAUAGACGUUUGCGGAAUGAACUGAAUUAG